AUGAAAAACUAUGAAUACCCCCGAGUUCGUCCGCCCACUUCGCUGCAGCCAGCUCAGCAACCUUCCGACAAUCGGUUUUCGUGGAUGGCCACGUCGACGGACGAGGAAAAUCGUGUGGGAGCAAGAAGAGUGACAAACCUUCCAACAUCAGCACCUCCGCAGGCAUCUGCACAACAAGCACCGCCGCACGCUCCGGCUCUGGUGCCAACGAUGGAAUCUCAAGUUUACGCUGGCGGUGUGGUUCCGUAUCAGAUCCAAAAUCCGGCGGUUGUACAACAGCAAUCUUUCCAAGCCCCUCUGCAACAUGGCGCUUACGCCGCACAACCAUAUCCCACCCAAGUAUCUGUACUACAACCUCAAGCGCAACCCACAAACCAACCUAUGCCUCCUUUACCACAGCCUCCCGAACCUGCAAAGCAUCCUACGAUCCCCGAAAACGAAGCAACAGGGCCAAUUGUGCCAGACACGAACCCUUUGAGGCCAUCAACUCCCAAGCGCCCCAACCGUACCAGCACCAACAUGGCCAUCGUUCCACCUCCGUCCGAUCCCUCUCAAUUCUCAGCCACCACGUUUACCCCGAGCCCACAAUCCAUAAAAGGCGGCUCGUGGCAGCACAGCUUUUGCUCUUGCGCCGAACCUUCUACCUGCAUAACCGGACUAUUCUGCCCGUGCAUCGUGUACGGUAAGACCCAAUAUCGGCUAGGAUUGAGAGACGAAAGAAAAGAUCCAACAAAUAUGCUAGGAUACACGGCAGUAAAUGGGUCUUGUAUUGCCUUUGGCAUUCUGUGUGGUGUCAAUGGGAUACUGGCAGCCAUCCAGCAUACACGGGUGCGUAAGACCUACACCAUGAGCGCGGAAGCUGGGAACGUCGCUGGGGACUGUCUCAAGGGAAUCUGCUGCUGUUGCUGUGUUGUCGCUCAGGAUGAAAAGGAGGUCAAAUUUCGAGAAGAGCAGGCCCGAAAACCGGCUGGGUCUGGCACCAAGAGAGAAGGAUAUGUGGCGCCUACGACAAUGACGUUCAAUCCUCCACCUCAACCGAGAUGA